AUGGCUCCUUCAGUACUUGUGGACCAGGCCGAGACCUGCCAGGUUGUUCCGACCAAGGCGAGCGACCGUACACCUCUCAAGGUCUCGCACCCCAAUCCAUCAUUGCAGAUUACCGCAGAUCACAAGCUCAAAUCAGCCAAUGCACCGGUGUACAGCCCGCGCGCGGGUGAAGCCCUGGUUCAUAUCAAGGCCACUGGGAUUUGCGGGUCGGAUCUUCACUUCUGGAAGACUGGGCGCAUUGGAUCCCUGGUGUUUGAAGGAGACUGUAUCAUCGGCCACGAGGCUUCCGGUAUUGUUUUGCAAUGUGGGGAGGGUGUCACUCACCUGAAGCCCGGUGACCGGGUUGCCGUUGAGCCUGGUGUUCCUUGUGAACAUUGUUUCCUGUGCGAUGACGGCCGAUACAACUUAUGCGAGGAUGUUCAGUUUGCUGGUGUGUACCCUUACGAAGGUACUAUGCAGCGAUACAAAAAUCACCCGGCAAAAUGGCUGCAUAAGCUACCCGACAAUGUGAGUUUCGCCGAAGGUGCUCUUCUCGAGCCACUUUCAGUGGUGAUGCACGGCGUCAACUUGUCAGGUCUCUCUUUGGGCCGCGGCGUGGUCGUAUGUGGUGCUGGCCCUAUUGGAUUAAUUGCUUUGGCCGCAGCACGUGCCUCGGGGGCCCAUCCAAUUGUGAUCACUGAUCUGGAGCCUGCUCGACUUGCCUUUGCCAAGGAGUUCGUUCCCUCGUGCAUCACUUAUCAGGUCGAUCGUACCAAAGAUGCGGAAGGAAAUGCAGCGGCGAUUCGUGCUUUGUUUGGAUCUGGCGAGUACGUUGCACCCGAGACGGUCCUCGAAUGUACGGGUGUGGAAAGCAGUGUUUGCACCGCUGCAUACACUGCCCGUCGAGGUGGCACUGUAAUGGUGAUUGGCGUUGGAAAGGCAAUCAUGAACAACCUGCCUUUCAUGCACAUCUCCCUUGCCGAGAUCGAUCUCCGGUUCAUUAACCGCUACCGUGACACUUGGCCCCGAGCGAUUGCUUGCCUGAGUGGCGGCAUCCUAGAUCUCCAAAAGUUGGUCUCACAUGUUUUCCCCCUGGAGAAGGCGGAAGAGGCACUCCACCUUUGUGCUGAUACACGGAAUGGGAGUAUCAAGGUGCUGGUCGUUGACGAAGAAGAGGCCUCUUUAUGA